UGUAACUUGAAUCAGCUGUUCGGUAACAGCAGUUGCGUGUCUAUGCCUCACGUGUGGUGCACGCUUUCUGGGGUUGGACGUAAGAAAAAUACGUAGAAAAACUUUACAAUCACUUUCCAGUUGAAGAUGCAUCAAACUGGAGAAGAUGACGGCGAGCUGGUCGUGGUCCGAAAACUCCUUAAAGAAGUGCUGCUGGGUCGGGAGGAUCCGGAGGGGUUCUUCGCGAUGUUUCUGUCCAUCCUGGGUCACCAGGAGACUCGCGCCCGGUUUCUGCACGUCGUCCAGCCUCUGUCGUCGGCCAACCGCUCCUUGCACGCCACACUCGUCUCCAUCCAUGAGGAAUAUUUCGCCAAGGCUGAAGAUGAUGAGUUGGAACUAGCAGUGACCUUGUCUCUUCUUGAUGCACAAGAUCACCCAAGAACCCGACCACAGACAUUUGAUGGGGCAUCUAAUCUAAACGGCCAGUCAAAGGAUGGAGGAAGUAGAACCCUCGAGAAAGAUACAUGCCCGAACAUGUCUGGUACAAGUCAGACUGUUAUUGCCCAGCAAGGCAUGGGCAGAAGAGAUGACAUGGACCAGUCGGAGAAAAUAAAACACUCCAAAAGCAGACGACAGCGUCGGAAAGCGGCAGCCCAGAACGUUGUUGGUUUGCCCCGAUCUCCAUCGGGGACGGCGCCGGUACUGGUUUGGGUUCGCAGGGACUUGAGGCUGUGUGACAACCCGGCUCUUGUUGGCUCCCUGGAGUGCGGUGCCCCCGUCAUACCUGUGUUCAUCUGGAGCCCUGAAGAGGAAGAGGGGCCAGGAAUGACUGUGGCUAUGGGAGGAGCUUGUAAAUACUGGCUUCAUCAAGCUCUGAUCGCCUUUCGGUCAUCUUUGGAGGGUAUUGGCAGUCAUCUGGUCUUCCUGGAGGCGACCGGUGUCGGAGCCAGCUCUCUACGUAUGCUGAAGGAGCUGGUGAAGGAGACCGGGGCCCGAACAGUGCUGGCCAAUGCCCUCUACGAGCCCUGGCUUAAGGAGCGGGAUGACAAGGUGGUAUCGACGCUGCAAAAAGACGGGCUCCAGUGCAAGAUGUUCCACUCCUACUGCACUAGAGAUCCUUACUCUGUCAGCACGGAGGGCGUGGGACUCAGAGGAAUUGGAUCCGUGUCUCACUUCAUGAGCUGCUGCAGACAAAAUCCAUCAGGCUCCACAUCCGGUGCUCCGUUGGAUCCGCCCACGUCUCUGCCCGCACCUUCCAGCUGGCCUCAAGGCAUCGCUCUGGACACACUAGACCUUGCACGGAUGCCACGCAGGAAGGACGGCACCACGAUUGAUUGGGCAGAGACCAUUCGCAAGUCCUGGGAUUUCAGAGAAGAGGGCGCUCAUGCCAGGCUAGAAGCUUUUCUCCACGAUGGUGUGUACAGAUAUGACAAAGAGUCAGGCAGAGCUGAUUCCCCCAACACCAGCACUCUAUCGCCGUACCUCCACUUCGGUCAGCUCAGCCCCCGCUGGCUCUUGUGGGACGCCAAAGGGGCAAGGUGUCGACCUGCAAAAUUCCAACGCAAACUGGCAUGGAGGGAUUUGGCAUACUGGCAGCUCACAUUGUUUCCUGACCUUCCCUGGGAAUCUCUCAGACCCCCGUACAAGGCACUGCGCUGGAGCAGCAAUGGCGAUCACCUGAAGGCUUGGCAGCGAGGCCGUACGGGCUACCCGCUGGUGGACGCAGCCAUGAGGCAGCUGUGGCUGACAGGCUGGAUGAACAACUAUGCCAGGCACGUAGUGGCAUCUUUCCUCAUAGCGUACCUCCAUCUGCCCUGGCAGGAAGGUUACCGCUGGUUUCAGGACACACUGGUGGAUGCCGACGUUGCCAUCGACGCCAUGAUGUGGCAGAAUGGUGGCAUGUGCGGACUGGAUCACUGGAACUUUGUCAUGCAUCCCGUCGAUGCCGCCAUGACCUGCGACCCGUAUGGCAACUAUGUUAGGAAAUGGUGUCCUGAAAUUGCAGAGCUGCCUGAUGAGCUCAUUCACAAACCAUGGAAAUGCCCGGCGUCCAUGCUACGACGUGCAGGCGUGGUGCUGGGGCAAACGUACCCUGAAAGAAUAGUUACAAACCUGGAAGAGAGGCGUAGUCGCUCUCUUCAAGACGUAGCUGUAGUACGAAGACAACACGAAGAAUACGUGGACAAACGCUCGGGCUGCGACUUGGUGCCUCUUCCCCCUCGCCUGGUCUCUGAGGCCCUGGGCUUAGCUCACCCGACUGCAGAAAAACAGUUCCUCCUUCCAGUUAUCACACGCAUGGAAUUCAAGCAUCAGAUGGAUGACCCAGACGCGGACGGCGCCGCCAAUCCUUACAACGCCGUCCUCAAGGGCUACGUCAGCCGCAAGAGGGACGAGACGGUGGCAUUCCUCAACGAGCGAGACUUCACAGCCAGUGUCUUGCACGAAGGAGCGCAGAGGAGGGAGAGGCUGGAGAGCGACCAUCGCCGCAUGGAGGGGCUCCCGCCCACACAGUUCCCACCACGGGGAAGAGCCAGACGCACCACAAACGCAAAGGACCGCUUCUCGAGCCUACCAGGUGGGGCUGUUCUUACUACACACAGGUGAUCCAUAGCCACAACCCCCAGGUUCAGUCCCCCCAGGAUUUUUCAAUCUUAUUUUUUGUGAUUUCUAACUCUUGUACUUUACAAAAAAAGUGAAAAAAAAAUAUUUAUAUGGGUAGUAUGAUGAGAUGGUUUUAGAAUAAAAACAAAAUACAUUUGAGAAUUUGGAAAAGCACUUUCUUCCUAUUGAACGGCUAACUUGGGUUAUCAGACAAGCAAAUACUAACAUUCAACUACCGGUAAUUAGGUCCCAGUUAAACAAUAAAACAAGACAUCCCGAUCUUCAAAUUAACAUUUUAAAGUCACUAUUUGAUUGACAAAAAACGAUGCAUUAAUAAACAUACAAAACUUUGUGAACCAAUAGUGGCUAGUUUGUUCACUGCUGACAUCUAGUGGCAGAAUGCCUGAAGCUUACAAUACAAAAUAUUUCUUGCAAGAGUUCUGAACAAUAACGUGAAAAUAUUAAGAAAUAUUUUUUUUGUUAAUCAUGGGUUUAUUGUACAGUUGUCCACAGUGUACAUACAAAUUCAAAGUGCUUUUCAUGUCCAGGACACUUAUGCCUGCUUCAACUGAAAUAUCAAGGAAAUAAACGUGACUUACUCGAACAUCA